AUCCCUGCUCUCUCUCUCUCUCUCUCUCUCUCUCUCUCUCUCUCUCUGAUAUUUACCUGCUUCCUCCCACAGUGUUUGACAUGAAGCCGUUGGAAAGAAGAAGAAGAAGAAUGGGAGCCAUGAGCCGAUGUUCAUUGGUGGUGUUGACGUUACUUGUCGUUUUUCCGGAUGUUUCCGUGUCCUGCCCUCGUCCUUGCGCCUGUUACAUCCCCUCUGAAGUGCACUGCACCUUCCGCUCCCUCACCCUCGUGCCCUCCAGAGUGCCUCGAUCAGUUCGGCGUAUGAAUCUCGGGUUUAACAGCAUUUCUCAACUUGACAAGGACUCCUUAGCUGAGCUGAGGAAUCUGGAGCUUCUGAUGAUGCACGGAAACAACAUCCAUCAAAUCCCCGAUGGUGUUUUUCGAGACUUAAUGUCCUUGCAGGUCCUGAAAAUAAGCUACAAUAAAGUCAAACUGAUCACAAGUCACAGUUUGUCUGGUCUCACGCGCCUUGUAAGGCUGCACCUGGACAACAACCACAUCGAAUUCAUCCAUCCGGAUGCCUUUAGAGGGAUGACAUCACUUCGUCUGCUCCAUCUCGAAGGGAACUAUCUGCAGAAGCUCCAUCAUUCCACCUUCAGCACCUUUUCCUUGUUAAAUCACUUCCCGGUCUCCACAAUCAAACAUCUCUACCUAGCGGACAAUUAUCUGACGUCCCUGCCGAGAGAAAUGCUGAGAAAUAUGCCGCGUCUAGAGAACCUUUUCCUGUACGGAAACCCCUGGACCUGCGACUGUAGGCUGGACUGGCUCCAAGAUUGGAUGGCACACCAUUCAGGUGUGAUGAAAUGCAAGAAAGACAAAGCUCAUGCCAAAGAUAAGCUAUGUCCAGUGUGUGCUUCACCACAGCAUCUGAGCGGAAAACAAAUCUCUGAACCCAAGGAUUUCCAAUGCACAGGACCGGUCAUUAGCAACUCUCCAGGGAAGGAUGUUUCACAUGAGGAACACCUCAGUGAGCUUCUUCCUCUGGAGGAUUUCAAGCCACCUUUAGGAAACAUCACACUGAACCUGUCAGAUGAACAUGGAAACACGGUAGUCUUGACCUGCCAAGUCGUAAAGCCGAGGGAGUCUGCAAAAAUCACAUGGAACUACACCGAGUCUUUACAGAUCAGUGCUAACAUGACUCUCUCUUUGGACCUUGAAUGCCUGAUGGACAGGGAGAAGUAUGCGAGCUUAUGGCGACUGCUUGUGUACUACAGCGAGGUUGCGCUGCACCUGCGCAGGGAGAUUAUGUUAAGUAAAGAGCCUGAACCGAGCUAUAGAUACAGACAGGACAUUGAGAGAGGCACGUACUAUUACACCGGAGUCCGAGCUAAUAUUCUGUCCCGUCCAUCUUGGCUCAUGCAAUCGUACGUGAAUAUAAAGCUCAACAGGCCCUACUCCACGUCCAAGACUGUAAAGCUCAUUUUUACUACUCAGAUGUCUUCUACCACAGAUAGUGAGCAGGCAAGAUGGCAGAAGAGGUCCUGGGUUAUGAUCAAACACAACAAUGCAACCCAGACGACGUUUAGUUCAGUCGUGGGCAGUAUGAUCGAGAUGGAUUGCAGUGUGAUGAGUUCUGGAGGUCCAAGCAUUCAGUGGAUGUUACCUGAUGGCUCUAAGGUUAGGUCAACUUUCAGUAGCCCAAACAACCGGCUAUCAGUGUCUAGCACGGGUAAACUUCUUAUCAAAUCAGUGGAUCAUUCUGAUUCUGGUGUAUAUUUCUGUAUUGCUGAAGUUCUGGGAGAUGUAGAUCUUCUUCCUUUUCGUUUAUCAGUUGUUGAAUCCUCCAGACCCCCCAUAGGCGAUGAGGUCAAGAUUGCUUUCGAUAAAUUAGUAGGGGAAUCUGUUUAUCUGCCUUGCAAUACCACUGCAUCCCCAGAUGCCGAUGUGAACUGGAUCUUUCCAGACGGCAGUAUGAUGAACGCCAAAGCAAACUCAUCUAGAGGUUUUGUCUUCUCCAACGGAACACUCUUCAUACCUCGCUGCAGACCAGAUGAUAAUGGGAAUUACAAAUGUGUGGCUCUGAAUCAACAUGGCGAGGACACUCUUUCUGUAAAGCUCACUGUUAUGACACGGCAAGGAACACAGCCUUUCAGACGGCAUUCCAUGGGGCCUCUGUCUGCAGCAGGUAUGUCUACAAAGGUCAGAGCAAUUUUUGAGGGUACAGAGGAGUCAUCUGGUGAUGAUACAGGCCAGAAGACAAUGCCAUCAAAUAGAGGUUUUAUGAAACAAAGGAGGGGACCACAGUCAAGGUCACGAGCCUAUCCAGUCAGGAAUUUGCAGAGAAAUUUUCCAGGCCAGAGGAAGCCAAUUAAGAAAGGUUUGAACGUACAACAAAGAAAAUAUGCGCUUGGGAACAAGAGAAAAAUAAGUAAAUCCAAUAACAAAAUAGAUCCUCAGAGAUGGGCUGACCUUUUGGCCAAAAUCCGUGAGAAAACAGUUCCAAAUACCAUAACACCUAGCUCUUACCCAAGCAUUCCAGUAGAAAGGGUUCAGACUGUAGAUUCAGAAUCUCUCAAUAACAUAGAGGGAUCUUCUCCAGAUGAUGCGAGCCCAUUGAAGGAAGAGCCAAACGCCAUUAUCAUGUCUCAAACUCAUAAUACACAACCAGUCACAGCUCCUCCACAUACUGAGUACCAGGUGCACCAAAUAACACCUCCUGAAUCAAGCAUUAAGUCAGAUGAACUGACACUGAGACCUGCAGAAACCACAGCUGCACCUAAUUAUGUUACCACUGAGAUAAAUAUCCUGGAGGGGAACCAUGUAAACAGCUUAACUACCAGCACUUCACACAAAGAAGAAAGACAACCAAACCAAUUGGAAAAUAACCCAGCUGUUCCCAAUUCAGAGUUAAAGAAUGAGCUAGGCAUCUCAGUGACGUCUGCUGAUGUUAACGAAUCCUACACAAAGAGUGAAAAAGACAGUGCACAAUGGAUGAUUAGCACUUCAACACAGAGAACCAAAUUCAUUUCAGCUAAUGUUGUAAAGCAAAGAGUUCUGUCCAGGACCCCUUGGAACUCCAGGAGGCGAUUUGGAAACAGGGGACGAAUAAACCGACCGAGACUAAGACCAUCCUUGCCCCUAAUCACUAACAGACCACAGUUAUUUACAGCACCCAAGGCCACUGAAACGCACAACCCAUUAAUCACUACAACCACGUCUGCCACACUAACAGCAGGCACAUCAGCCUGUUCCAUUGCUACAUCUAUUACCUCUUCCCAAUAUCCAAAAUCCUUCACAGUCAAUGAUCGUAAUGGUAAUGAUCAAACGAAUGUCUCGCUGUUAGCUGACAAAAUCAAUCCACUUGCCCACAAAUUAGAGGCGAGUGAAUUUUCCACAAUCCAAAUGACUGAACCAACUCUAAACAUCCCACAAUAUAGUUUACGCCACGCAAUACACAUUACACCACCAGCAGUGACUGUGACCACAUCUCAGAGGAGAGCAAAUAAAGAUACAUCCGAAGAGAGUUGGCAAAACAUACAGACAUUCACUACAGAGAUGAAGAUGAAUUACCACACUGCUUCUACAUCUCAGCCAGAUGCAGAUUAUGAAACUCUCUUAACCACUCAAGGGGAGUUUACAACCAGACUUUCAGCACUAAAACCAUCUCAGAAGUCUGUCACUGACAAUGACGCAACAGACACCAGCCCUCACAUAUCCGAAUCACACCCAGAGGAAAGUCUCAGUAGCUUGCAAAUACUCAACUCUACACAUAAAUCUGUCAAAACUGUGACUGCUCCAGUCAAACCACUUCAAACCCCAGUUGUAUUUCCAUAUGAAGACACAAAAGCAGAAGAUUUACUAAAGACAUCAUUUUCUGAUUCUUCAGUGAAACAAAGUCAAACUGGGUUUCUAACCACAAUGCUUCACACUGUUCCGGAUGAAUACGGUUCUGUUUUUCCCAUUACAACUCCAAGCCCAGAGGUGGGAGAUGGAGAGUUGCAGUUGUCUAACAUAAGCAAACCCCCUGGUAUCACUUCAACAAUGACAUCUACAAUGACACCGGCAACCACGAUUCAAAUAUCAACAAAACCUCUCACAACAACAACAUCAUCAACAACUAUGACACCCUUAAUAAAAACCACAGAGUCUGGUUUUAAUGCUCCAGUUAUAACCACUAAUUUUGGAGAAACAACCUCUUUAAAACCCAGCGUUCUGACAGCAGAUAACAGAAUUCAAUUUUACUCAAGAAAACCUCAAACUAACCACAUUCCUGAACAGAAUCAUGGAAGAACCUUUAAUUAUAAGUACCCCAACCACACACACCCAUUUAUCAUCCGUCAAACAUCAUCAGAUACCAAUUCAUCUGUGGAUAUCAGAGCAGAUUCAGUUGGUACAAUCAGAUCCAGCAUGUCACCUAAAUCGUUUACAACCACUACUCAGAUGACAACUACAAGCCCAACACCAAGUGCAAAGCCUCUUAGCAGAAAUAAGACAGGUGUAGUCUCUACAAACCAGCACCUUGGAAAGAAUGUUCCUCUUCCUCAGCCACCAGGUGUUCCUGUACCGAGAGCAAGGCCCAGAAUCACCACUGCUAAUCUUAGCACAGUCACUGUGAAUGCUGAAACAGAUGUGCAGUUUCCGUGCAAUUCUGUGGGGGAACCUAAACCUUUGGUUACCUGGACCAAAAUCUCUACAGGGGCUAUUAUGUCAGCAAAUACCAGAGUCCAGCGAUUUGAGGUCCAGCCCAGCGGAACCUUGGUAAUCCACAACGUUCAGCUUCAGGAUCGUGGCCAGUAUGUCUGCACUGCUCGGACUCAACAUGGUGUCGACAGGAUGGUGGUUACCUUGAUGGUUCUGGCACAAAUUCCAAAAAUCCUGCUUCCACAGCAGCAUGACAUAACUGUGUACUUGGGAGACCGCGUCAACCUUGAGUGUCAAGCACAAGGUCUUCCCCGUCCUCAGAUAAGCUGGGUGCUUCCCAACCAGACUGUGGUGCAAGCAGUCAGCACUAGUGAGCAGAGGCUAAUGCUUUUUAGCAAUGGUACACUUCAUAUGAAGCAGACUAGCUAUCCAGACAGUGGAAUUUAUAAGUGCAUUGCCAAUAAUGUGGCAGGAGCUGCAACAAUAUCGAUUCGGCUCCACGUUACAGCACUUCCACCCAUGAUCCUGCAACGGCGACAGGAAAACCACACCGUUUCUGAGGGUCAGACCAUGUACAUCCACUGCAGUGCUAAAGGAGCCCCAUAUCCAGUGAUUCGGUGGAUCACCUUCAGUGGCAUGCAAAUCCGCCCUUCUCAGUUCGUCAAUGGAAAUCUGUUCGUCUUUCCCAAUGGGACGCUAUACAUUCGCAACCCAACAGAAAAAGACUCCGGUACCUACGAGUGUGUUGCUGUGAACAUCGUGGGCGUAGCCAAGAGGAUUGUGAGAGUGUUGGUGAAGAGGACUUCCUCUACAGCCAAAAUUACCUUCACAUCACCCCUAAGUACUGAUGUCAGUUAUGGUGGUUAUCUAAGGUUAGACUGCAGUGCUUCAGGAAACCCUGAGCCGAAAAUCAUCUGGAGAACUCCGGCAAAAAAACUAAUUGAUGCACAUUUCAGCUUGGAUCACAGAAUGAAAGUCUUCAGCAAUGGCACUCUGACCAUUGAAUCAGUAACAGACAAGGACCACGGAGACUAUCUGUGUUUGGCCAGAAAUAAAAUCGGAAAUGAUUUUGUUCUCCUGAAAGUGACUGUCAUGAUGAAAGCAGCCAAAAUAGAGCAGAAACAUUUAAAUACCCACAAGGUUCUUUAUGGAGGAGAUUUAAAGGUGGACUGUAUUGCAUCGGGCCUCCCGAACCCUGAGAUCAAGUGGAGUCUUCCAGAUGGCACCAUGAUUAAUAGCAUCAUGCAAUCAGAUCACUACAGAGUGCGCACAAGGAGGUAUGUUGUAUUUGAUAAUGGUACCCUGUAUUUCAAUGACGUGGGUAUGAAGGAGGAGGGAGACUACACAUGCUAUGCUGAGAAUCAGAUUGGCAAAGAUGAAAUGAAAAUAUAUAUCAGAGUAGUGGCAGCUGCACCAAAUAUACACAACAACACUUUUGAGGUGAUCAGAUUGUCACAUGGGGAAACAGCAUCGCUUGUUUGCAGGGCAAAAGGACAGCCUUCACCAAUAAUAACAUGGCUUUCCCCAAACAACCACAUCAUAACCCUGCCAGCAUCAGAUAAGUACCAGCUUACCACUGAUGGGACUUUGCAAAUCCAUAAGGUACAACGGUUGGACAGUGGAAACUACACUUGCUUAGCCAAAAAUACAGCAGGUACGGACAAGAAGGUGGUCAGUGUAGAAGUUGUGACUUCAGCGCCCAUCAUUAAUGGAAUAAAAAGUCCCAUAACCAGAGCAGAGGAGACCGCUGAGAAGGACCAGCAGGUUCUGCUGCACUGCAAAGCUGAAGGAACACCACAUCCCCAAGUUAUGUGGAUAAUGCCAGAGAACGUUGUGCUUCCGACUCCUUACUACGGCAGCAGGAUCAUGGUCCAUCGCAAUGGUACGCUCGACAUUCGCAACGUACGCAAGAGUGACUCUGUCGAGCUGCUCUGCAUAGCUCGCAAUGAAGCAGGCGAGGCCAGACUGCAGGUACAGCUUCAUGUUACAGAGCAUGUUGAGAAACCAAAGCUGAAAAGCUUGGCCACAGAGACUGUCCAAAUCACCAGUGGAGUCUCUGUGAUCCUUAACUGCUCCAUGCAGGGAAACCCCCAACCUGAGAUCACCUGGUUCCUUCCCAACGGAACAACCAUUACGAGUGGAACUAGCAUUUUCCGUUUCAACCAUCUCCCUGAUGGAGCUUUGAUCAUUAGAGAACCUUCUGUUUCAGAGACAGGGAUUUACCAAUGCGUGGGGCGUAACAGUGCAGGUUCUGUGGAACGGACAGUGAGUCUAGAGUCCAGCCAGAAGCCUGUCAUUACCAGCAAGUACAGCUCAUUGGUAAGCAUUAUCAAUGGUGAAAACCUUCAGUUGAACUGUCUGUCAAGUGGUAACCCAAUACCCAAGCUUACCUGGACUCUACCAAGUGGAGAAAUCCUCACUAGGCCGCAGAGAAUGGGACGAUACGUCAUUUUUGACAAUGGUACCUUAACAGUCGAACAUGCCUCAGUCUAUGAUAGGGGAACUUACCUUUGUAAUUCUGCCAAUGAACACGGGUCCUCAUCCAUGUCAGUUGCAGUGAUUGUGAUUGCUUAUCCACCACGCAUCACCACUGGACCCUCAGCGGUCACUUAUGGGAGACCAGGACUUGCAAUCAAGCUUGACUGCAUGGCAAUUGGUAUCCCAAAGCCGGAGGUACUCUGGGAAAUGCCUGAUAAAAUCCAGCUCAAAUCAGGCCCUCAUCCACGACUUUAUGGCAAUAGGUACAUCCAUCCACAAGGCUCUCUGGUCAUCCAGAACCCAUCAAGCAGAGACAGUGGUUUCUAUAAGUGCACUGCCAAAAAUGUGGUUGGCAGUGAUAGCAAAGCAACCUAUGUAUAUGUAUUCUGAUACAAAAUAUUAUAUAAAUACCUACACACCUUAAAGAACUGCAGUGCAGAGAAUACUGAUAAUAACUAGUGAGUUAUUUUGUAGAUACAGGAUAUGCUGGUUUAAUUUUUAUUUCUGCUGGUAAAUACUCUCUUGUAAAUACAGCAUUAAAGCUAAUUAACUGAAAUCAACAUGAUUGUCAUCACAAACUAAAUUAUAUGAGCAGAUAUGAUACAGAAACUGGUGAACUGCUUUCUUGAUGCUGGGAGGAAAUUCAUGCUGUUUGGUUUGGAUCCAUACUUCUCCAUGUGGGCUCCAGGGUCUCACGGGUAUCUGUGAUGCAACGCGAUGGAGUCUGCAGCGUUCUCAUUUUGUUGCAGUGGUGGAAACCACAAAUA